UGCACCGAAUCGCGACUCACUUCUCCAUCAUUACCUUUGAAAAUGGCCGCUUGAAAAGAGAACAGCUUACUACUAACAGUCACGUUUACUUUUGCUCUUAAAACUUUCGUAAUCGCUAAAGUUGAUAAACCUUGGUCUCCACGCCAACAUUGUAAAACCCAGUGUUAAAUCGUACAUCAUGGAAUCGUACUUUCAAUCGUCUACUGGAAGCAAAAUUACGGAAAAUUGUGCUGCUGCUGUUAUUGCUACUACCACUCCUCGUUUUUGUGAACCCAACAACUUUAAUAUUUCGAGCACCAUAGCAGCGAAUUUGAAGUCGAUUAAAAAAACGAAGUUUGUUUUAAAGAAGAAAUUUUCUUCUGUUGCCUUGCGUUUUGUCGAGCCAUCAUCAGCUGCAAUUGUAAAAUACACUAGUGAUUGUUGCGACAGAUACCAAAACAUCGAUCAACACCAACACGCCCGCAGAGCCCGUCCUUGUGUGCCUCACAGCAGCGGCGUAAAGUUUCGUAGAGGCGGAUCUUGGCGCGUUCAAGGUGCACCAAUGAUCGGCUACUAGUGCUGAGAAGCUUCAAGUCCAGAGCAAAAUGGACUACCCGCCAAGGUAUCCGGACGCUUGUCUAAACUCGGAAUCCUCAACGAGCCCCUACUCGUUCAACGUCAACUAUAUUUAUCACCAGCAUCAACAACAACUCGAUAUCCAAAACAUGCACUACGACGCAACUAAGAUACCUUCGAUGCAGCAACGCGCCCGCCAGAUGCGAGCCGAUCUGCAUGAGAAUAUCAAAAACUCCAGUCUCGGGAGCGACUACCCGACUAAACAGUCGUUAAGCGCCGACAGCAUGAUCGAGCAGCCGGAAAAGAAAGGCCUGUGGCAGAGCAUGUUCAGAAGCGCAACGAAUUUGCUGGGCGAGCAUUUGAGUCGUGGUACUGGCUCGUUCAUCAGAAACUGGACCAGCAUGAACAGCAGUCCGCUGUCGGUGACCGUAGUUUCGCCUGACCUCUACAAAACUUUGCACACCACUGGCGUUCAGGAGUCGAUGAACGUCGAUGCCGGUACGUUAUUUACAACGACCGCAUGGUGUAACAGUGGCAGUAGUACUGAUAAUACAGACUCGAGAGACGAGACUCUAGCUAGUGUUUUAUACAAUAAUGACAGUUUGAACGGUAGUUGUAAAGUUAAGCUGGUGAACUGUUGUAGUGUUAGUGAUCCUAGUGACGUUGAUAAGCGUUGGAAAGAGUACAAGAACAUGUAUGUCGAUUGCAACGCUUUACAGCAAGAGCACGAAGAGAAAAACAAACCGGAGACUGUUGAUACCGACGAGAUGAGUGAUGUGCAUUUGGAGUCCAUCGAAAGCAUCAUCAUUAGAGACGAAAAAGAUGUAGAUAAAUCAGCAAAUUUCGGUAGUACUCUACAUCUCAAUAACGACGAGUCAGUAACCUUGGAAGAAAUAGAAUCUGACUUACCAGUCGGAACGCAUGAGACAAUGCAACAGCAAACGACGAUAAACUCGUCUCCCAAUUCAAGCGUCGUCGGUACUAUGAUCACGAACGCCUAUAAUAAGGUUGUAAAUAGCGUCACCGACUUGCUGCAAACGCGCUCUUGCUCUCCGGAACCCGAACCCACUGCACUUUUCUCAAAGCGUGCCGGCGGCUAUCCUAAGCCAAAAAAAGUUCACGCUAUCUCCAGUGGUCGAGGCAGGGGUAGGGGUCGAUCACAACUCAGACGGUCCGGGGUCAGUCAAAAGAGACACAGGAAAGAGCGCAGCAGGUAUGACAGAACAGAUGAUAUCAAGUUUGAUAUUGAAAAUUGGGAACAAAUGGAAAAUUACACCGAAGCUGAUGACGUCGACGAAGCAAGUGAGGAUGUCUGUGAUUUUGCUGGUGGUGUCAACAGCAUUCACAAGCAUUUGCUCACCAUUAGCUUUGAAGACAUCAUGCCUAUGAAGAUAGAACAAGAGCCCAAGGGCUUAAGACACUCCAAUUUACCCGAAGUUUCCAGCAAACUUAGCUUUAUCAGCGACGAUGAAGAAGAAGAAGAAUACGAAGAUGAUGAUGAUGAUGUAUAUGACGAUGACAUCUAUGACUAUGAAGACGAUAACGUUGAGAGCGACGAGAGCAGCGAAGAGGAGUUCGUGCAAUUCAGUUGUACUAAUAGAAUUAGAUUGUCCUCUGUGAGCUCGGUCGAUUCCGACGAUAGCUUUUGUAUCGUUUUCAAUGACGGUAACGAGUGUAAGACUAGUAUUAAUCCUGAAGCUGAAGCUCAAGUAGAGACUGAAGCUGAGGAUGAAGUUGAGGCUGAGACUGAAUGUAUACUUAAGAAUAAGAGUAAAGAUUCUGAUUUCAACGUAAAAGAGUGGAAACCAUCUAAGGUACGUUUCAACUUGAAGCCCAUUGUUCAUACAAUCGUACAUUGGAGAUACGCGCACAGAGCAGCUCGCCGUGGUCCUUGGGAGGAAUAUGCACGUGACCGCGCACGAUUUCAACGCCGCGUUAUGGAAAUCGGCACUGUGCUCAAGCCCGUAUUCAGUACCCAUCAUCGAGAGCGAAUCUGGAAUGAACGUUUUGCCAACGACGUUCCUACUGCGGUCAGUAUUCCUUACUUUGUCCAAAAAGGAACACUGGUAUAAUUUAUAAAGACAAAAUGAAAAGAACCCGUGAAAAAGCUGGAACAGUUUUAUCUGCAAAACAUGUGUAUAAAGACUGUAAAUUAAACAAAGUUAUAUCAAAAUGCUUUUGUAAUGAAAUAUAUAUCCAUCGUUAAGAGGAUGGGUAACGAAGCUCGUGUAAAAAAAAAGUACUCGCAGAUAGAAAGAAAUUAAUGCUGGAAUUUGUCAGGAUGAAAAAAAAUUCUUGAUUUUUAAAUAAGCACUUUUAAAACACUAUUCCAAAUCAUUCUUUACAUUUUUCAGUGAUGUUAAAAUCUUUCUAGUUGUCUCUUCUGUCACUUUGAGUGCUUAUUUAAUAAACAGAGUAGCGCGCGUUUUUUCCUAACAAAUUCCUUCAAAGCGAAUUGUUUUGUUUUAUGCAUAUUCUAUGCUAAUUUGAUUUUAUUGGCGAUUGAUCGCGGUUGAAUUAAAUGAAUAAUCAUUCCUAAGUCGGCUUGGUAAAAAAAGUAUCACUCCUUGUGUCGUCUUCUGUUUGCAAAUUUUACUUGUGCUAAGUCAAUGCGGUAUCAUAUUAUCUAAAUAUAUAAAUGGAAUUCGAUGUUAAUCGAGCUUGUACAUAUAUACGAGAGACAUAUUUAGAAAUUUUUCGAUGCUUUUAAAAAUGGUACUUUAUAAAAGAAGCAUUCUAAAUUUUAAUGUUGAAGUCAUACAUUUUCAUUAUUCACUUAUAGACAAAAUUGAUUAAUGAUUAAAAAAAUAAGAAAACUUAUGUGUUGUCCUUAAAAUAGAUCAAACUGUAAAGAUUUUCUUUUAAAUUCGUUCAAUGACUAAUAUUACCGUUUGUCAAAAGUUCAAAAUCAUUGUAAAACAUAAAUACCAUGUGUAAUUAAAGGUUUAUUGACUUGCUAUAUUAUGUAUAUAAAUACACUCAUUAAAUUUUUAUGUAUUUGUGCGUUCAAGGCAAAAAGUAGCCAAUUUCGACGGCAAUUAUAGAAACUCGCCUAAAAACAACUUUAAAAGCGUUUUUAUGAGUACCAAUACAUAGAGAUGUAUUUAAUCUGUAGUAAAUUUUACUGUGUACAUUAAUUUUUUUUUUUCUUUCAUACAUAUUUCAAGCUAGGACCAAUUUUUUUGUGAGUUUCUUUGUUGACGUCGAAUGAAGUUGUUACUAUUUAUGUUCGAAUAUAGUUAAUAAAUUCAUAUACAAUAAUAA